GCGCAGUAAAGAAAAGCCAGAAUAUCGGUGACAACAAGUCACUGUAUUAGUUAAAUGGAACUCGGAAAUUGAAACUUUUAAGUUUUCGCGAAAACCAAAUGUAUAUUCAACAGGCAGCCAUGACACAAGACUUUCGACAUGAUUAGACAAUUAUUUUUCAAGGUGUUUUGGUAUUUGAUAAAAAAAACGGUAUAUUGUUAUCUUAAAAUACACUACCAUUGAAGUAUAAAUGACCGAUUGCUUGUUAUGAUCAAGAGGUUCAAUGUAUAUAGUAGUUGUUGUACAUGAUAAACCUAAAAGGUUUCAACAAAUAUUUUAACCAUAAUGCAACAUUAAAAAGCAGACGAUCAUGGAUUUGAGGAUCUUGGAGCUUAUUUCACAUGACCCCGAGGAUAGGGAUGAGCACGAAGUUGAGUUAGUUAUUCCAUACCUAAGGAAACUAUGUGACCUACUUAACAACAUGAGCGAAGAUGUCCUCGUCGAUAUCAUCAUCAAUUGCAAGCACCAACGAUCUCACCGAGAUGACGUCAUCAUCAAACAGGGAGAGAAAGGAGACUGCUUCUACAUCCUUUUAUCUGGAAAGACAUCUGUCUACAUCGACAACCAGAAGAGUGAAGAGGGAAUCACUAGAAAUGAUGAUGAUGACCCUAAUGUAACAAGCAGGAAGACAGACAUGCAGAAACUCUUUGACGAAAUUGAUCUCAUCAGUGGGAGGAAGAGCAAGAAAGAAAUAGACGCCAACAAGCAGUUUGUGCUUGACAGAACACAGUUUGGAAAGUUCAUCAUGAAUUUUGACGCUGGCAAAAGUUUCGGUGAGCUUGCCCUGAUGAACGAAGAUGCAAUAAGGAACGCGUCCAUCAUAGCUGAUGAGGAUACGGACCUAUUGGUCGUAUCUAGAGGGCUAUUCAACAGGUGCAUCAAGGCCAGACAGGAACACGAUUACAUGGAGAGAAAGGACUUCAUCAUGAAGUGUCCAUUGUUUGACCAAUGGAGUGUCCGCAACAAAAGACUAUUGGAAAUGAGUCUGAGAAAAGAAACAUACACAUACGACACAGAUAUCGUGAAACAAGGAGAACCAGUUAAAGGACUACACUUUAUCACAGAGGGAACAGCAAAGAUAGUCUUGUCGCCAGCUUUGCAUCCGACACAAUACCCCAGACUAUUCAGUGAUGAAAAUGACCCGCUUUCGAAAGAACUAAAUAGGUCUAUGCUGAAAAAACAAGAAGAUGUAAAGAAUACAAUCAACGAUCAGAUUCGAGUUCGGAGGCAACAUGGAUAUGCUGCCGCUGAGAAGCGUCUUAAACAAAAGACUAUUGACCUAUGUUGCGUUGACAAGAGUGACGUCAUCGGAGAUAUAGAAAUGGUGCUCCCUUUAAAUACAUACCAUCACACUAUUGUCACAACAUCCAAUUGUGAAGCAUUUAUUCUCGAUGUUAAAAAUUAUGAACGUUUAGUCCCAAAAAAGAAUAUGGGUUUUAUCGAAUUGUUAAGGAAGCAAUUUGAACAAAAACUCAAAGGUAGAAUUAAGACACCCCAUGGAGCACAAAUUAAAUUAUUCCAACAUUUCCUGAACAAAAUCGAUGAUCUAAAACCUAAGAAAGCAGCACCUCACCUGAAGAAGCAACUUGCACAACGGGAGUUACAUUUGUUGAAUAUGAGAAAGUUGUUCUUAGAAGAUAGAGGGCCAAUGCUGGAACCAUGUGUACCGGGAACAAUAUUUUACAAAAACAUAGCUAGAUUAAAAUCAAGUUAUCAUAAUCCUUGGAUGAUCCAAGCUGCAACAAUAGCGGAAGCUGCCCAAAAAGAGAAGCCCAAAUUCACUGUUGAUAUUAUGCCUAAGACGAGGAUUCCCACUUCCAAACGGCGACCUCGUUCCACGAGAGAGUUGCAGAGCCUGCGAAUAAGCGCUCCUCCAAAACCAAUUCUCGUUAAACAGAGGUCAUCAAGACCAUUGACUGCUCCAGGGAAAAGAGUUUCUGAUGCUGUUGGCACAGGUGCCACUACUGGAAGGCCACAGACAGCUCUUGGACAUAAGUCUGGAAAUACAGAUGAUGUUAAUGAGCUGGGCGAACCGAAUAUGCAUGAUAUAGUCGAUCAAAUUGAUGAAUUGCAGAAGAGAAAGGAGUCAAGUCGUAAUCGCAUACUUUGUUCCAUGAUUGUUGAUCCAUCAAAAUCUUAUGAAUCAAGUUCCGGGGCUAAAGCUCGGUCUGUGUCAGCCCCUGCAGUUAAGAAUGGAGAGGUAGAGGAGGCAACAGAGGAACCGAAUACCACCGAGGAAAGCGAGGAAUCUGACAACUACUAUGACUGGGAGACAAGCGAACCAGCUCUGAGGACAUUGGAAGAUCGGUUGAUGCAGUUCCACAAAGGCUGCAACGACAGCCCACUAAUCAACAAGAAACUUCAGCCGACUAUGUGGGGAUUAAGGAGAUUUGACCUCAAGGGUCCGGAGGCCAUCCCUAUGUCAGGUGGGACAGUGUUUGUAAAGACAAGGUUGUGUAAAUAUCCCCCAGGGGCACAGAUAGAUCCAGAAUAUCACAAGCACGUCAGACGCUUCAUUAUACCAAAGGAAUCAUUUAGUAAUCCACAGACUUUAACAUAUACUAAGAUGGUUUAAAUUUGAAAUAAAUAUAUAUAUAAUGAACCUAAAAAUAUCAGCUACGGUUAUGUAUCUUGCAUAUGUUUAUAUCCUCAAAAUGCUUCAACUAAUAGACAUUUUCAAUAAACUAUGCCACCUUUUGC